AUGCGGUUAUCCAUUGGCAUUACACUCGCUCGUUUUGCCCCCAGCAGGGUCCAUUUGUACUUUCUCUACGGUACCAUCGCCUUGUCUACCGUGGCGGGUGUUUUUGCAUUCUUCUUCGCCACGUUUCGGUGUUCACCCGUUUCCUACUAUUGGGACAAAACGUCAGGCCAAGGGAUAUGCCACAAUGAGAUUGAGGUCAGGGUCAUCUACUUCUAUAGCGUGAUAGAAGCCGUGUUUGACCUUGCUAUCGGCAUUCUACCUGCGCUCUUCAUCAACCAUCUCGAGCUGAAUCGCCGCACCAAGUUUGCAAUUGCUGGCCUUCUUGGACUUGGCUGCCUGGCAUUUGCAGCUGUCAUCGCUCGAAUUCCCUUCACUCAUCUAAUGACAGAGGCCAGCUUUCUGUACGAAACAACUAUAGUCGCAGUAACUUCCGACGUGGAAACCGGGAUAGGCAUCAUAGCAGGGAGCUUUAUGGUCAUGCGACCCGCCUUCUCCAUGUUCACCAAGUCCAAGACAAAGGAAAUCGCAAAAGGCCAUGUGAGCCCUUACCGCGGCUCUCAAACGUCGGACGACACCUUGAGAGCAGACUCCUGCUGA